AUGACGCUAUCAGGUGCGGCGCAGAAAUGGUUGUUGUAUUCCCUUAGCAAUUCUGCCAAGUUUUGCAAUAUGUACCUGAUACUGAAAAGUCAUUUUGAUACAAGCAUUAAUCACUCUCGCUACCACAAUGACUGGACUUCGAUCAAUUUUCAGUCAGCUAGGAAUGACAAAGAAUGUUUGCAGAAAGAUCUCCCUGGUGUCUUGGACUUCUUGCUCAAUUGUUUAUAA